AUGGCGGAUAAAGAUAUAGGUAAAAGAGUGAUCUGCGAGGGAUUUCGCGGCGAAAUAAAAUACGUUGGGGCAGUUCCUCCUACCUCAGGUGAGUGGUACGGUAUUGAGUGGGAUGAUCCUGACAGAGGCAAACAUGAUGGAACCCAUGAAGGGGUGAAAUAUUUCGAAUGCAGGUAUCCAAAGAGUGGCUCCUUUGUAAGACCAAAGAAAGUUUACUUUGGUAUCAGCAUCAUUGAUGCUCUAAAAGAACAGUAUGGACUGGGUGGGGAUGGAAUCAACCCAGAGGACAUGUAUGUGAUGAGUGGUAAGAACAAGAAAAAGCCUGUAGAGAUGGUUGGUACAGAUUCUAUUCAAGAAAAACAAAGCAACUAUAAGGAACUAACAGUGGUUAGUCUACGAGGAAUGGCAGUCAGUGGACCAGAUAAAGAAAGGGAAUUUUACACAGUGGCACCACUUGUAUCUGAGCUUGACCUGUCUAGCACUCUUUUAUCAUCAUGGAAUGAUGUCGCUUCAGUAACAAGAAACUUACAUCAACUCCAGACACUUCAUCUUAAUGAAAAUUUCUUGAAAUUACCUCAAGACCCAAAACAGCUGAUGCCAUCAUUUAGCACAGUGUCAGUCAUGUUUCUCAACAGAAUGAGGCUUCAAUGGAAUGAGGUAGAGGUUAUUGUAAGCAUGAUGCCCUCGCUCACAGAGCUUCAUAUUUGUCACAACUGCUUGAACAGUCUCAGGGAAAAUAAUGGCCAACUGACUCAGCUACGAGCACUCGGGAAUAUAGAACUUCUUAACUUAGAGGGAAACAAGCUAUCAGAUUGGAAAUCAAUUCUGAGACUAGGGCAUUUACUACCAAGACUGAAAUGUCUUAUUUUAAAUGACAAUGGCAUAAAGAGUGUUGAAUUGGGAAACAAAGUCCAAGACAGCACAGAUGGUAUUCCUCUAUUCCCAUCUUUAGAGUCUCUCUCCCUUAGCAACAACGCAAUAACUAAGAUUCAAAGUAUAAACGAGUUAAACCGCCUUCCGUCACUGACUGGUUUACGCUUCAAAGGGAAUCCUCUCUUUCAGGAUGAAACUACAUUUGAAAGUCGUCAAGAACUACUGGCUCGCGUUCCCUCAUUAACAUCCCUUAAUGGAAGCCUGGUGAAUUCUAAAGAAAAAGAGAUAGCAGAGCGAGCGUACUUAAAGAAAUACGCCACCUCAUGGGUUAACGCUGGUGGAAAUCCUGGGGUAGGAGAGAAAAGUGAUCUAAACCCUGAAUUUAUCGAAGCUCACCCCAGAUAUGGAGAACUAGUCAAAGUUCACGGUGUACCUUCUGAAGCUGAAAGAAACCAUUCGUCGUCCAAGACUCUGAAAGACUCUCUAAUUUCUGUGACAAUUAUAUGCCCUGAUGCCCCAGAUAAAAAGUCUGUCACAAAGAAAUUACCAGGAACUAUGACAAUCGGGAAAGUCAAAGGAUUACUUUAUCGACUGUUCAAGGUGGACAGUUCUGAUCAGAAGUUGUCUUCGUUAGACAGCAAACUGGAUCGGGAGGUGGAGUUAGAUGAUGACCUUCGACAACUUACGUUUUAUUCUGUACAAAGUGGAGACACCAUAUAUCUUCGGUGGUGAUUAUUACGCGAUUACAAGUAUCAGUUGAAAGUGACCGUUACGACCUCGACCAAAGAAAGUGCAGUUUUUUCGUUUUUUUGUUUUUUUUUUUGGUUUUUACCUUUUAGUGCUCUCCCCUACCCUUUGUCUUCCCGCCAUCUUUGCCGGGAAGUAAAAUCGGGCAAGUCUGUUCGCUGUUAUUCUUAACUUAUUAAGAACUUAAAACUAAGGCUGUGUGCUCGAAAGAGUUCUUCUCAGAGUACAAUAAUCUGCUUGUUAAUUCAGUAGUAAUUACUCAACACAGCAAGGUUUACUUAUUAAGACAGUCAGUCAAGAUGCAGUGCCGAAAUGACGCUGCCUUGAAAAGCUAGUGAGGUGAUUAAGUUAUAGCAAAACGGCAGUUGGCUUUUACAUGUUCUAUGCCGUUUCACGUGGAUGUCGUCCUUACAUUAUCUGGUCAUGCGUAUAAGGUCUGUUCAACUGCCAAUGAAUGGGCACCUAAAUGUUCUUCUUUAAGAAUUUAGUUGACAUUGAGUGUUCUCCAACACCAUUGUCCCUUUUGGAUCUACUCCAACGCUGUUAUCAUCACGAUGAACAAAUAAUAGAUUAUUUCAUUCUAAAUAAACGUUCCUGUAUAGUCCGA